UCUUUUUUUUUUGGGGUUUUUUUUUUUUUUUUUCAAUCGAACUUCCUUCUCCCUUCUUCUCCGAUUCCUGCGGUCUUCAGUUUGGCUUUGCUUCGAAUUCUGAACUCACCUGUAUAAAACAUCCAUUCACUUUUACCCCCAAUUCAACUAUGUGCAGAGAAUCAGCCUUCUGCUGCAUGUUUUAUUCUCUGUGAUUCUUGAGGUGGCUUUUGGAUCUCUGAACGAUGAAUCUGACCAACGCCAAGGGAUCCAUGUCAACGGCCAGUUCUAGUACCCCUCGGAAAUCAGUCGGUGACGGCGACCAGUUCCCGGCUGGGUUGCGGGUACUGGUGGUGGACGAUGAUCCCACGUGCCUUAUGAUCCUUGAGAAGAUGCUUCGCAAUUGUCUCUACGAAGUAACAAAAUGCAAUCGAGCUGAGGUUGCAUUGUCCCUUCUGAGAGAGAACAAAAACGGGUUCGACAUAGUUAUAAGCGAUGUGCAUAUGCCAGACAUGGAUGGCUUUAAGCUUUUAGAGCACAUAGGGUUGGAGAUGGACCUUCCAGUUAUUAUGAUGUCAGCAGAUGAUGGGAAAGAUGUUGUUAUGAAAGGUGUAACACACGGUGCUUGUGAUUACCUAAUAAAACCUGUGCGUAUUGAGGCUUUGAAGAACAUAUGGCAGCAUGUGGUUCGGAAAAGAAAGAAUGACUGGAAGGAUUUGGAGCAAUCCUAUAGUGCAGAAGAAGGAGAUCGGCAGCAAAAGGCCUCAGAUGAAGCUGAUUACUCGUCCUCAGCAAAUGAAGGAAAUUGGAGAAAUGCAAAGAAGAAGAGAGACGAGGAGGAGGAAGCAGAGGAGAAGGAUGAUACUUCUACAUUAAAGAAGCCACGCGUUGUUUGGUCCGUUGAGCUCCACCAACAGUUUGUGGCUGCUGUGAAUCAACUGGGAAUUGACAAGGCUGUUCCCAAAAAAAUUCUGGAAUUGAUGAAUGUUCCUGGGCUCACCAGAGAAAAUGUUGCUAGCCAUCUCCAGAAAUAUCGUCUAUAUCUGAGAAGACUCAGUGGCGUUUCUCAGCACCAGAGUAACAUGAACAACUCUUUCAUCAGUCCACAAGAAGCAACCUUUGGGACAAUGUCAGCAUUUAAUGGAAUAGAUCUUCAAGCUCUUGCAGCUGCUGGUCAGCUUCCGGCACAAAGUCUGGCAGCACUUCAAGCAGCAGGACUUGGCAGAUCAACUGCUAAAGUUGGAGUAUCUGUGCCCCUUCUUGAUGAAAGGAACCUUUUCAGCUUUGAAAACCCCAGAUCAAGAUUUGGAGAUGGGCAACAGCAGCACCUCAGCAGUACUAAAUCAACAAACUUGCUUCAUGGAAUUCCUACCAACAUGGAGCCAAGGCAGCUUGCCAAUUUGCACCAAUCAACACAAUCCCUUGGCAGCAUGAAUGUGCGAGUCAAUGGAUCUGCUGCACAGAGCAACUCUUUAUUGAUGCCAAUGGCUCAACCUCAACCAAGAGGUCAGAUGCUCAAUGAAAAUACUGCUUCGCAUGUUCCAAGACUUCCAUUAUCUGUUGGGCUGCCUACUGUACCAAAUGGAAUUUCUAAUGCUGCGUUGGCAAGAAAUGGGAUUGCUGGUAAUAACAGAGGAGCUGCUUAUAAUCCUAUUCCACAAACUUCUUCAAUGUCGAUUUUUCCCACAAACCAAACUUCAGAAGUGUCCGUCAGUAGUUUCCCACUUGGAAGCGCCCCGGGCAUAUCUAGUAUCCCACCAAAAGGCGCAUUUCAGGAGGAAGAUACUUCGGGAGUUAAAGGAUCUGGGGGAUUUGUGCCAAGUUAUGAUAUUUUUGAUGAGCUGCACCAGCAAAAGCCUUUACAUGACUGGGGACAAAAUGUGGGCCUCACGUAUGAUACCCCUCAGCGUGCAAAUCCUUUACACGGUAGCAUUGAUGUCUUGCCAUCAGUUAUAGUAAAUCAGAGCUUUUCUUCCUCCGCCCAACAGACCGGACAGAAUAGGAAUUCUACUCUGAUUGGAAAAGCCAUGUACUCCCAAGGGAAAGGUUUGGAACAAGGAAAUAUCCAAAAUAUUGAUCAAAACCUCCAUCCACUCGUUGAAAAUUCUACAAGGGUUAAGACUGAAAUAAUUUCUGAUGCAAACUCUCAUUCUAACUUCUUCCCCGAUCAUUAUGGGCAGGAUGAUCUCAUGAGUGCACUUCUGAAACAGCAUGAAGGCAUUGGAGCAGCUGAGAAUGAAUUUGACUUUGAUGGAUAUUCCUUGGACAACAUUCCCGUCUAGAACUGGCCCUGCAAAUUGUCUUUCUGAUUGCUGUUGCCAAUGUAAAUAGUUGCUGCUGUUAAUCACGGACUUUAUCAUUCUACAAUUAGCUAGUUUGAAAUUGAGUUUUAUAUUGCUUGAUGUCAUAAAGUCAGUCUGCUAUUGAGAUGGUUUAGGUUGGAUGAUCAGCAUCAUCAUAGUUGUCCAUUGUGAAGAAUCAAGAAUUUACUGUCGCUGCAUGUAUGCAAAAUGCAUAUGUGCAAAUUUUUUGACAGCUUUUGGGAGCAA